GGCAGUCCAAUGGAUCCAGUGGUGAUGAAGAGACCUCAGUUGUAUGGGAUGGGCAGUAGCCCCCAUUCCCAGCCGCAGCAGAGCAGUCCGUACCCAGGAGGCUCCUACGGUCCCCCAGGCACACAGCGGUACCCCCUCGGCAUGCAGGGCCGGGCUCCGGGCACCCUGGGGGCCAUGCAGUAUCCGCAGCAGCAGAUGCCACCUCAGUAUGGACAGCAAGGUGUGAGUGGUUACUGCCAGCAAGGCCAACAGCCAUAUUACAGCCAGCAGCCACAGCCCCCGCACCUCCCCCCGCAGGCGCAGUACCUGCCGCCCCAGGCCCAGCCCAGGUACCAGCCACAGCAGGAUAUGUCUCAGGAAGGUUAUGGAACUAGAUCUCAACCUCCUCUGGCUCCUGGAAAACCCAACCACGAAGACUUGAAUCUCAUUCAACAAGAAAGGCCCUCAAGUUUACCAGACCUGUCCGGCUCUAUCGAUGACCUCCCCACGGGAACGGAAGCAACGUUGAGCUCAGCAGUCAGUGCCUCUGGGUCUACGAGUAGUCAAGGGGACCAGAGCAACCCCGCGCAGUCGCCCUUCUCUCCACACGCCUCACCCCACCUCUCCAGCAUCCCGGGAGGCCCGUCCCCCUCUCCUGUGGGCUCUCCCGUAGGAAGUAACCAGUCACGCUCGGGCCCGAUUUCUCCUGCAAGUAUUCCAGGCAGUCAGAUGCCACCUCAGCCACCUGGGAGCCAGUCUGAAUCCAGUUCCCACCCUGCCUUGAGUCAGUCACCAAUGCCACAGGAAAGAGGUUUUAUGACAGGCACACAAAGAAACCCUCAGAUGUCACAGUAUGGACCCCAACAGACAGGACCCUCCAUGUCCCCUCACCCUUCUCCUGGGGGGCAGAUGCAUCCUGGAAUGAGUAGCUUUCAGCAGAGUAACUCAAGUGGCACUUACGGUCCACAGAUGAGCCAGUAUGGACCCCAAGGUAACUACUCCAGACCCCCAACGUAUACUGGGGUGCCCAGUGCAAGCUACAGCGGCCCAGGGCCCGGUAUGGGUAUCAGUGCCAACAACCAGAUGCAUGGACAAGGGCCAAACCAGCCAUGUGGUGCUAUGCCCCUGGGACGCAUGCCGUCAGCUGCGAUGCAGAGCAGACCAUUUCCUGGAAACAUGAGCAGCGUGACCCCCAGUUCUCCGGGCAUGUCUCAGCAGGGAGGGCCAGGAAUGGGGCCGCCGAUGCCCACGGUGAACCGUAAGGCCCAGGAGGCGGCUGCAGCCGUGAUGCAGGCUGCAGCAAACUCAGCACAAAGCAGGCAAGGCAGUUUUCCUGGCAUGAACCAGAGUGGACUUAUGGCUUCCAGCUCUCCCUACAGCCAGUCUAUGAACAACAGCUCCGGCUUGAUGAACACACAGGCACCCCCCUAUAGCAUGGCACCCACCAUGGUGAACAGCUCCACAGAUAUGAUGUCUCCCAGUGAAUCCAAGCUGCCCAUGACGCUCAAAGCGGACGGCAAAGACGAAGGCACUCCACAGCCCGAGAGCAAGUCGAAGGAUAGCUACAGCUCUCAGGGUAUUUCUCAGCCCCCAACCCCAGGCAACCUGCCAGUCCCUUCCCCAAUGUCCCCCAGCUCUGCUAGCAUCUCCUCCUUUCAUGGAGAUGAGAGCGAUAGCAUUAGCAGCCCAGGCUGGCCAAAGACUCCAUCAAGCCCUAAGUCUAGCUCAUCCACCACCACUGGGGAGAAGAUCACCAAGGUGUAUGAGCUGGGGAACGAGCCAGAGAGGAAGCUAUGGGUCGACCGAUACUUGACUUUCAUGGAAGAAAGGGGCUCCCCGGUCUCGAGUCUGCCCGCAGUGGGCAAGAAGCCCCUGGACCUGUUCCGACUCUACGUCUGCGUCAAGGAGAUUGGAGGUUUGGCACAGGUUAAUAAAAACAAGAAGUGGCGUGAGCUGGCAACCAACCUAAACGUUGGCACGUCAAGCAGCGCAGCCAGCUCCCUGAAGAAGCAGUAUAUCCAGUACCUGUUUGCCUUUGAGUGUAAGAUCGAAAGAGGGGAGGAGCCCCCGCCGGAAGUCUUCAGCACCGGAGACUCCAAGAAGCAGCCCAAGCUCCAGCCGCCAUCUCCUGCUAACUCCGGAUCCCUGCAAGGCCCCCAGACCCCCCAGUCAACCGGCAGCAACUCGAUGGCGGAGGUUCCAGGUGACCUGAAGCCGCCCACCCCAGCCUCCACCCCUCACGGACAGAUGACCCCCAUGCCGGGAGGAAGAAGCAGUACAAUCAGUGUGCACGACCCAUUCUCAGACAUGAGUGAUACGUCGUUCCCCAAGAGGAACUCCAUGACCCCCAACACCCCGUACCAGCAAGGCAUGAGCAUGCCAGACAUGAUGGGAAGGAUGCCCUAUGAGCCCAACAAGGACCCCUUUGGUGGAAUGAGAAAAGUGCCUGGAAGUAGCGAGCCCUUCAUGACUCAAGGACAGAUGCCCAACAGCAGCGUGCAGGACAUGUACAACCAAGGUCCCUCUGGAGCCAUGUCUAACCUGGGCAUGGGGCAGCGGCAGCAGUUCCCCUACGGAGCCGGGUACGACCGAAGGCAUGAGCCUUACGGGCAGCAGUACCCAGGCCAGGGCCCUCCAGCCGGACAGCCGCCUUAUGGAGGACACCAGCCUGGCCUGUAUCCUCAGCAGCCGAAUUACAAACGCCACAUGGAUGGCAUGUAUGGGCCUCCAGCCAAGCGUCACGAGGGAGACAUGUACAACAUGCAGUACGGCGGCCAGCAGCAGGAGAUGUACAACCAGUAUGGGAGCUCCUACUCUGGCCCAGACCGGAGGCCCCUGCAGGGCCAGUACCCGUACCCAUACAACAGAGAGCGGGUGCAGGGCCCGGGCCAGAUGCAGCCACACGGAAUCCCGCCUCCAAUGAUGGGCGGCCCCAUGCAGUCGUCCUCCGGCGAAGGGCCGCAGCAGAAUAUGUGGGCUGCACGCAACGACAUGCCUUACCCGUACCAGAACAGGCAAGGCCCGGGCGGCCCUGCACAGGCCCCCCCUUACCCGGGCAUGAACCGCACCGAUGAGAUGAUGGUCCCCGACCAGAGGAUCAACCACGAGAGCCAGUGGCCUUCUCACGUCAGCCAGCGCCAGCCUUACAUGUCACCCUCGGCCUCCGUGCAGCCCAUCACCCGCCCACCCCAGUCAUCCUACCCAACGCCACCGUCACUGCCAAACCACAUCUCCAGGGCGCCCAGCCCCGCCUCCUUCCAACGCUCCCUGGAGAGCCGCAUGUCCCCAAGCAAGUCUCCCUUUCUACCCACCGUGAAGAUGCAGAAGGUCAUGCCCGCCGUCCCCACGCCCCAGGUCGCCGGGCCUCCAGCCCAGCCGCCCCCCAGCCGCAGGGAGAUCACCUUUCCUCCCGGCUCCGUGGAGGCCUCACAGCCGGUCCUGAAGCAGAGGCGAAAGAUCACCUCCAAAGAUAUUGUUACUCCUGAGGCGUGGCGUGUAAUGAUGUCCCUUAAAUCGGGUCUCUUGGCUGAGAGCACGUGGGCUUUGGACACCAUCAACAUUCUCCUGUACGAUGACAGCACCGUGGCUACUUUCAACCUCUCCCAGUUGUCUGGAUUUCUUGAACUUUUAGUAGAGUACUUUCGAAAAUGCCUGAUUGACAUUUUUGGGAUCCUUAUGGAGUACGAAGUGGGCGACCCCAGCCAGAAAGCACUUGAUCACAAUUCAGGGGAGAGAGGUGGCUCCGUGGCCGACGAUUCUGGAAAAGAGGAAGAAGACUCCGAGUGUCUAGAGGAGGAGGAGGACGACGAUGAGGACGAGGACGAGGAGGAAGAGGAGGAGGAAGGUGAAAAGACGGAAUCGGAGGCAAAGAGCAGCGCUGCCCUGGGCACCCCAGAUGCCGGCGCUGACCCCAAGGAGAGGCCCAAGCAGGCCAGUAAGUUCGACAAGCUGCCAAUAAAGAUUGUCAGGAAGAGCAAGCUGUUCGUGCUGGACCGCUCGGACAGGCUGGGCCGCGCGCAGGAGUUCAGCAGCGGGCUCCUGCACUGGCAGCUCGGGGGCGGAGACACCACGGAGCACAUCCAGACUCACUUCGAGAGCAAGAUGGAGAUCCCGCCUCGCAGGCGCCCCCCGCCCCCUGCCAGCUCCACGGGUAGAAAGAAAGAGCCAGAAGGCCAAGGCGACCCUGAGGAGCAGCCGGAGAAGAGCAUCCUGGCCACCAUCGACGACGUCCUGUGCGCUCGGCCGGGGGCUCUGCCCGAAGACUCAAACCCAGGGCCCCAGGCAGAAAGCGGCAAGUUCCCCUUCGGCAUCCAGCAAGCCAGAAGUCACCGGAACAUCAAGCUGCUGGAGGAUGAGCCCCGGAGCCGAGAUGAGACGCCGCUGUGCACCACGGCGCACUGGCAGGACUCGCUGGCCCGGCGCUGCAUCUGCGUCUCCAACAUCGUGCGGAGCCUGUCCUUCGUGCCGGGCAACGACGCGGAGAUGUCCAAACAUCCGGGCUUGGUGCUGAUUCUGGGAAAGCUGAUUCUGCUUCACCACGAGCACCCGGAGAGGAAGCGAGCCCCGCAGACCUACGAGAAGGAGGAGGACGAGGACAAAGGGGUGGCCUGCAGCAAAGACGAGUGGUGGUGGGACUGCCUGGAGGUCCUGCGAGACAACACGCUGGUCACGCUGGCCAACAUCUCCGGGCAGCUGGACUUGUCUGCGUACACAGAGAGCAUCUGCCUGCCCGUCCUGGAUGGCUUGCUGCACUGGAUGGUCUGCCCGUCCGCAGAGGCGCAAGACCCCUUUCCCACGGUGGGGCCCAACUCGGUCCUGUCACCCCAGAGACUCGUGCUGGAGACCCUGUGCAAGCUCAGUAUCCAGGACAACAACGUGGACCUGAUCUUGGCCACGCCUCCGUUUAGUCGUCAGGAGAAAUUCUAUGCUACGUUAGUUAGGUACGUUGGGGAUCGAAAAAACCCAGUCUGUCGAGAAAUGUCCAUGGCGCUCUUAUCGAACCUUGCCCAGGGGGACGUGCUGGCAGCGAGGGCGAUCGCUGUGCAGAAGGGAAGCAUCGGAAACUUGAUAAGCUUCCUAGAGGACGGGGUCACCAUGGCGCAGUACCAGCAAAGCCAGCACAACCUCAUGCACAUGCAGCCCCCGCCUCUGGAACCGCCGAGCGUAGACAUGAUGUGCAGGGCGGCCAAGGCUUUGCUGGCCAUGGCCAGGGUGGACGAGAACCGCUCAGAAUUCCUCUUGCAUGAGGGCCGGUUGCUGGAUAUCUCGAUAUCAGCUGUCCUGAACUCUCUGGUGGCGUCGGUCAUCUGCGAUGUACUAUUUCAGAUUGGGCAGUUAUGACAUACGUGAGAAGCAAGCAUGUAUGAGUGAAGAUUAGCGGUCACGUGUCACUGGCUGUUUUCUGUUCUUGUUUAUCCAGCGUAGGAAGAAGGAAAAGAGAAUCUUUGCUCCUCUGCCCCAUUCACUAUUUUACCAAUUGGGAAUUAAAGAAAUAAUUAAUUUGAACAGUUAUCCAAUGAAUAUUUGCUGUCUGUGUGUAUAAGUACAUCCUCCUGGGUUGUUGGUUUUUUUUAUUUUUUUUUUUAACCAAAGUUACUGUCUAGUACAUUCAAAGGUCACCUUUUCUUUUUCACAGAUAUUUCUGUUUAACGUCCUUUUCCAUGUUGUAUUGCAUUUUGGGGGGGAAGCAAAUUGACUUUAAAAAGAAACGUUUUGGCUAAAGAUGCUGAGAUGGGAAAAUUUCACCACACUGAUGCAAACAGGUGGGAAUGGUCAGUUUCUUACGUGCUUUAUUCUUCAGAGAAUGGAAAAAAACUGUAUCCCAUCACCCAAAGCUCUGUGCAAUAGAAACUUCUAGAGAGAUAAUAGGUAUAGGGGCUCAAGAGGUGUGUCAGUCAGUACUCAGAACUGAGUGGUUGCACUAGACUAGAAGCAAACCCGCCCCUGGCCUCGCGUGCCAGGACCCCACCCCCACGCUGGCCUCACGUGACAGUUCUUCACAAUUCCUUUCAGCAUUUUUUUAAAUAUUUUUUUUUUACUGCCUAUGGGCUGUGAUGUAUAUAGAAGUUGUACAUUAAACAUACCCUCAUUUUUUUUCUUUCUUUCUUUUUUUUUUUUUAGUACAAAAGUUUUAGUUUCUUUUUCAUGAUGUGGUAACUACAAAGUGAUGGUAGACUUAAAUAUUUUUUUUAUUUUUAUUUUAUAUAUUUUUUCAUUAGGGCCAUAUCUCAAAAAAAAAAGAAACAAAAAACACAAAAAACACAAACAAAAAAAACACAAAAAGAGGGUAAUGUACAAGUUUCUGUAUGUAUAAAGUCAUGCUCCGUUUCGGGAGAGUAGCUGAUCACAAUUUGCUUCAUGAAUCACGGUGUGGAAAUGGUUGCAUAUGGAUUGAUUUAGAAAAUGGUUACCAGUACAGGAAAAAAAAAAGAAAGAAAAAAACUUCAA